GCUGCCGAGACAGUCCUGCCUAUCUUACUGUUUCACAUGCCGUGAGAUCUCCAUAGACCACAAUGGGCCUAUUGGUUUCAAUGGGCAAAAAAUCACAGAGUUAAUGCUCUAGUGAUAGUUCCAUAUACCAUUAAAGAAGGGAGGGCUCAAUAUCGGCAAAUGUACAUUGAGUCAUUUAGGUAAAUGGACACCAGUAGAAUGGAUCGAUGGCAACAAGCCAGAAAAGUAAGACAAGACAGAUGCUGCCAUAGAGUACAGAUGGCUGUAUUAGAUCCAUGUGGUGGUUCUUACUUUGAUGAGAAUGGGAUCCAGAAGAAGCACUGGACUUGGUGGGAUUUUAGCCGGCACGUGCACGCUCCCCCUUUCCAACCAAUCACAUUAAUGAUCAAUUCCAAUGUUGAAGUUAAAAUCAUAAAACAGGAUCAAGUCUAUCUGUCAUUUUCAAAAGACAAAGAGAAAGUUACCUACAACGUUGGGGCUAAACUUUUGUGGAAAGAUCCCGAAAUAGCUUUCAAAAUGAAGUGGAGCACUGGUGAGACUGAGCUUUAUUGUUCUUCUAAAAAACUUGAAAUCUUCCGCCUUCUAAACAAAAUCCGCAAACUAGUGAAAAUCUCAGCUACGUCUAAAGACAGAGAAGUAAUGGUCCAAGAAUACAUUUCCCAGCUGCAGAAAUCUUUAAACUCCAUUAUUACACUCACCAACAGGCAGGAGAAUAUGUCCAAUGUUCUCAAAACAAAGGGAAUACAAGACUGUGUGAAGUAGAAGCCUUAUCCCCACGCCAAAUGCACCUUGUCCUCUGAAACUGAAAUGCAUGAAGGUGAAGAAAAUGAGACAACAAACAGCAGGAACAAGCCAAAAUAAAAUCCUUGCACCAUGAGACAUACAAUGGGAAGUAAUACCUAGUUAAAUCUACUGAUCAGUAGUGUUGCUCGCGAAUAUUCGCAAUUCGAAUAUUAUUCGCGAAUAUCGCGAAUAUAGCGCUGUAUAUUCGUAAUUACGAAUAUUCGUUUUUUUUUUUUUUUCUUCACAGUACACAUCACAGUGAUCACCCCUCUCUGCUUCCAGCUUGUGUGGUGUAAAGAAGGCUGUAAUACUACUGUGUGAGACAGGCGUGUGAAAAUUCGCAUAUGCGAAAAUUAGCAUAUGCUAAUUUUCGCAUACGCGUAUUUCCGCACACGCGAAAAUAAAACAAGAAUAUAACGAAUAUGCGAAUAUUCGCGAAUAUAUGACGAAUAUUCGUCCAUAUAUUCGCGAAUAUUCGCGAAUUCGAAUAUGGCCUAUGCCGCUCAACACUACUGAUCAGCAUAAAAUGAGUCCAUUGGGCCCUCAUAGUACAGCUUGAAACAGGGCUCAUUCCCCGGUGGCUGACCUUAGCUGCAAUAAGUUUAAGAAAGGGACAGUUUGUGUGGUGGUUUUAAGUCUUUAUGUUAUCUUUUGAGUCCAUUCCAUUCCUAUGUUUAUUGUCCUCUGGUCCUUACAUUUCAUUGUUCCCUGUGUGUUCAAUUCUCCUACUCACUGAAUCCCCUCCGAGUUGCUUUGCUCCAUAACAGGUGCUACCUGAACUACAAGUCAUUGGCUCCCCCCUUGACUGAUAGAUCUAUCCAUGUUUGGGUAUAGGAAGAGUUCUAUCGGUCAAGCUGGCAGGGCAGGGAGAAGCCACUGGGGGCCACCUGGAUGACUUGUGAUUUAGGUUCCCUUUAAAAUGUAUGCCUACUGUAUGAUAAAUGUAGAAGUUACUAUAAACCUACAUAGGUUAAAUCUAUAUAUUAUAACUGUAUAUUACUAUAAAUAUCACUGAAAUGACCUGGGAUCAAAUUUUAUCAAUGAUUAAUGUUGUUUUUAGUGUUUAUUAGUAAUGUUUUUUUGGGUAUUCAUUAUUUACUAACAUUUGUGUGGUAUGUUACCAUAGAUACAGUACAUGACUGUAUACAUGACUAUUGCUUUGUUAACCUGCACAAAUGGGUUAUCCAGGGUUUUAUUAACUUCUCACUAUUGUGCCUGUGAUGCCAA